ACUGAAUAGGUGUGUGUCAGAGCGUUCCGAAAGUUUCGGCUUCCAAUGUGAUAACUUUGGGAAAUUGUGCCGUUGUAGUUCGGUGUGCGAAUUAAUCAACGUGAGUGUUCUUACAAUUUGAGGAUAGUGUUUCAAAAAUCUUGAUACUUAUCCUAGAGUACAUAGUAUGUACUACAUACAGUGUUUAUGUGAGUUUGUCAAAGUUGUGUGCAUCAUUCUAUACUAACGUGGGCCGAGAGGCAACAUCACAGUGAAACGUGUUGUAAAUUUAAAAUUUCAACACUCAACUAUUUUUACCUGCUGAUUUCAAAUAUCAGUGGUGCAUAAUUGAUCAGUGUUAACCAAAAUUGUGUAGUGGUGUGAAUUUGUGAAAUUCUGUGGGCCUGAAUGGCUGCUUUUUCGUAGGUUGGCAGCAGUGGCAAGGCUAGUAGCUUUGUGUCUGUGCUUUUUUCUGAGUACCGUCCUCUCAACCUCCCCUGGUCCCUCGGCUUUGUGUUCUCCCCUACAGCCUGGUGUGUGUGCGCGCGUAUGUGUGUGUGUUAGCCUUCUUCCUUCGCCCUCAGCCCUUAGCUGUACCCCUCCACUCCCGCUUAUCCUCAUCGGCCCUUCAGCUGUGUGCCCUGCAACAAAAUAAUGCCCUUUCUCCUCAAGUGAAUAGUUACAGUGUUGCCAAUUCUCAGUGCGCUUGUCACGCGUUACAACUGUCGUGUUGUCGGGCAUGGAUUGCUGUAAAUAGGAUUACCCCGUACUUCUGUUGGAUUACAAAUACAGGAUGGUGGGCCACGGAGGCAGAGUGAAGCUGACUGAGGUGAAUCCACACCUAGUGUGCGUCCUCUGCAGGGGAUACCUCAUCGAUGCCACCACCAUCACAGAAUGUCUCCACUCCUUUUGUCGGAGUUGCAUCAUUCUGUACCUGGAAACGAAGAGCUACUGUCCAAUAUGCGAGGUGCAAAUUCACAAGACAAAACCCUACCUCAAUUUGAAGCUGGACAAAACCCUUCAAGAUAUCGUGUACAAAUUAGUGCCUGGACUUUUCCAUUCGGAAAUGCGGAGGCGACAGGAGUUCUACAAGAAACAUCCUGUCCACGAUCUGCACCUUCAUCCAGAGGCGAGAGGUGUCGCCAUAGAUAGACUGAUCUACUCCCCCGAUGAUAGUAUCAGUUUAUCGUUGGAAUAUUACGACAUGGAGAGAGAGCGCGAAGAAUGGACAAGUGUGGCGGCGGAUGCGUGUGAGCAUGCGUCCAAACGAGCUAGCAGUCGUGCCAACAUAGCGGCGAACGGUGCCAAGACCGAAACACUGAUCACUGCUACCGCUGGCUCUGAUAAGGCCAAACAUGAACAGGACCACAUUCAGGUGGUGGAGCCCUGUAAAAAGCGAUACCUCCUGUGUCCUGCAGUCGUCACCAUGUUGCACCUCAAGAAAUUCGUACGCAAUAAAUACAACUUACCAGACACGUCUAAUGUGGAGAUAAUCUACAGGCGAGAGUCAUUACCGGAUUCGUACUCCCUCAUGGAUAUCGCUUACAUCUACACAUGGAAACAGAACGAGCCCAUGAAGUUCUACUACAGGAUCCACUUGGUCAAGACUGUUCGAAGCCUCCCUGAUGAAGAACAUGUUAUCAAAAGUGAAUGUGUAAAACGUGAAUCGGUACCGCUCCGAAGUGACAUUGUGAAAAAUGUGAAAGAAGAAAAAGUGAAAGUCAACGGAUCUACGAAAUCGAUCAAACAUGAAACGAUCGACAGUAGGCUGAAGAAACCUGUCAAAGUUGAAAUUCCGAUAAAAACGAAUAAAGGAAGUGAAGAGGCUUAUUCUCUUGAUGAAGUCGAAGAUGUGGAUAAAUCUACCAGUGCAGUUCCUAACCUUGUAAAAACAAGGAUCCCUCUCAAUAAAAAGGAUACAGCUCUUACGAAUGGUUCAGCUGACAAAAGCAAUACAGACUCUCCAAAGACUGAAUUGAAUCAACAAGACGCACAAAAUAUGAAGAGUAAAUUCUAUCAAGAUCCCUCCAGGAAUAUUCUCCCCUACAAAUCAAAAGCAAGAAGCACUGUUCCCAGUGAGCAUUUUCCUACAAAACCGUACCAACGUCCAAGGGUUUCCAACUCGAAAAACAAGGUUCCCAAUGGAUCACCACAUACUUCAAAAUCUUCUUCAAAGGCUGCCAAGAAUAAACCGACUGAAAUUUCCCCCAACAGAAACGUCACUUUGAAAAUGAACUUCGCCAAUACAACUGUUACUAGAACAAUUGAAACGUCACCUACCCAUGAGAACACAGUGAAAAAUGGACAAUAUGCUACAAACCCCAAUAAGAGCGUUAGUGUAUCUCCGAAAUCUGAUGAGGGUAGUCAGAAACCUAGUGUGGCAAAACAAGAUAAUGUCAAGGAACAAGUUGCAAAGUGUGAGACUGACAAGUCGAUCACUAGUGUGCAAGAAAUCAAGCCUCAUGUGAAUCCUAGUCCUGUCACAGAACCUCAUACAACCAGCACAACAAAUAACCAAAUCUCUCCCGAGUCAAAACAAGUAUCUAACAAAUCUCAAGAUGUCAGCAACAAAUCAAUUCAUAAACAGGUGACACCUUUGAAGAUUGUUGUACAACAGAAAACAUCCCCCGACAAGGUUACCAACAAAAUCAACCUGAAUGAAAGUAAUAAAUCCGAAGUUCAAAAACCUCAAGACAAUAAUGUUGCUCAGAGGAAUAACAUUCCUGAGGAUAUGAAGAGAUCCAUCAGUUUGGAUAAAGCGGCUGAAGAGCUUCUUUCUGCUGUAGGUCUGAAACCCAAGAAUGACUCCAAAGAAGUUUUCAGAAAAGUCGACGAUAUCAAGGAGGAAUCCUCGAAAGAAAAUGUUUCCCCUGAACAACAGAAAAUUGAUAAAAAAGAAAGCUCCGACUUUUCACUGGCAGGAUUUGGGAUUCAGCGACCUUUCAGAUCUGAACAUGAUGAGAUGUCUGUCAAUCUUCUCCUCUCUCUCAGCAACGGGCAUACUUCAAACCAUCACAUUUCCACAACUACAGAACCAUCUGCUUGUACUACAGAAUCUACCAAGAAACCAGCAGAAUCGGAUAAUCUGAAACUCUCAUCAGAGCAGAAGAGUAAUUCCACGGAGUCUAGUGAUAUCAAAGUCACUCAUGUUAAUAAAAACAGUGUGGUAGACAGUAAAAUUCCUGUUGUGAGUAACAAUGAUUCGUUAGAAAAAGAAAAAUGUCCAAUUCCAACGCCAGUGAAUGGAUUGAAGGUUACUCAGAAUAAUGACAGCAAUAAGAAGCAGGAAACCAACAUGAAUAAUGCUCAAAAAUCUCCGGAAUUGAAAACUGAAACAAAAAUUGAAGAAAGUAAUGAAAUAGACAGAACACCAAAGUUGGAAACAAAUUUGACUGUGAAUGCCAAAGUUCUUAGUUAUUCUCGACAGAAGAAGAUUUCAGAAGAGAAAACAGGGUUGGAGAAACCUGUUACUCACAUGCCUCCCUUGAACACAAAGAAUACAGAAACAUCACAAGCUGUGAAAGAGUCUAAAACAUCAGUUCACUUUGCAAAACCCCACACAAAAAAUACAAAAGAUAUUUCAAAGACUGUUGAUUUACUUCUAAUGAAGUCUUUAACAGCAUCAAAGGAGGCCAAUGCAAUGAAAGUUUCAAGUACAGGAACUUCUCAGCAAGCAAAUAUUCCAAGCAGUGUGUCCAAUCCGAAUGUGAAUGUGAAAUGUGAUGCCGAAAGUUCAAGUUGCAGUAAGAGAGAUGAAGCAACCGCCAAAUCCAUAGCUGCCCUUGCACUGACUAGUUUAACUGGUCAGAACGAAGUCAGUAGUAGUGGAAUGUCAAGCCCUAGAAGGCCUUGGGCAGAUGCUGGAGAGAAUGUGCAGGAUUCAAAAGUGAGGAUGCUCAAAAGAAAACUGAAUCGACCUGGAGACUGCGAUGUCCAUGUGAGCACAGCAACACGUGAUGAUGGAUUGUCAGAAGCAAAGCGAAGAAAGUUGGUGACUCCUGAUGUAUCAAUCGAGCUGCUCACUGGUCCCAUCAAUGAACGUACUGCUACCAAACGCCCACAAGCCGACAACAAUAAGCCCUGUCCUGAAAAGAAGACUAAAAUGAACAUUGCAGAAUCAGUGAAUCAUGAUGAGCUCAGAUUGAGUAGUGUGGACCACCUUUCCGCAUCAUCGGUGCGAAUUGAGAAAGUAGCACAAGGUCAUAUGAACUUUCCGGUAGCCCUACUCUCUCCUACAGUAUCUUUAAGAGAAAAUGUAGCUGGAGAAAACCGAUCUGGAAAAAGUUCUCCCGAUGUUUUGAGACCAAUAACCCCUAAGAAUUUGCUGGCGGAACGAUGUGGUACACCAGAUAUCACAAUUGAAAAGAUGAGUGAUAAGAAGUUGAGUGUGUCACCGAAUGCUACCAGCCUGAACAGAAGGAAUGAUGAUACUAGUAAUAGUGGAGGUGUUGUCAAGACUGGAAAAUCUUCAACAAACUGUUCCCCCACAGUGGUGAAGGCUGAGGCGAAAACCAAACCAGGCUUGAGUUCCCCACCUUCAAGCAGUGCUGAGUCAUUCACAAGUCCCGUGGGUCAGAAGAAGUUGAUGCCGAAGUUGAUUGAAAUAAACGUGCCAGCCCGUUCCAAAACAGAAGUCAUGAUGACAGAUAAGAAGAGUCAAAGCCAAAGAACUGGACUGAAGAUGACAACAGUGCGCAAAGAGGUGCCAAUCGGUAAGCAGAUGACGUUCGUGAAGAAGGACUGCAACGGAGCGCUGGAUCUGUCUCCAGCGUCUGUGCCAAAAUCGCGUCCGAUUUUGCCCGCUCGGGUCCCGCCCGCCUUCCCGUCACCACCUGCAGGAUCCGUUGACAUGACGUAUCCGGCAGCCGCGCUGCAUCUACUUCAGAUGCAGAUGCAGAGUCGACUGCUGGCGUCACAGGCUAACAACAAUAUGGCGGCGCAAAGGAAAGACCCCGAGCUCUCGAAGCAGCUGAAGGAUUGGGUGCGGAAUGCGGUCAACUGCGGGGCUUUGCCUCCGCAUCCGCUGAUGUUCGGACCGCUGCCGCAGCCGCAGACGCAGCAGCAGUCGUCUCCGCAACGACCCAAUGGAAGUUUGUCCACUCCCUGAAAACUCAGUGACGUAAUGCUUUUUUCCAACGUUCUUCUUAUGAUAACUUAUACUAUAUCAACAACUAUCCAAUUAAGCUACUCCACUAAAACUUAUCCAACGGUGGCUCCAUUCCUAAACAGUGAUUGACUUCUUAUUUCUCUUAUGAUAACUAAUGCGAGAUCAGCAACUACAAUCCAAAGAAGUCCACUUCUCGAACUACUUAACCAGUGGCUUUAUUCUUGUAUAUCCAACUGUGGCUCCAUUCCUAUACAGUGAUUAUUGACUUCUUAUUUCUCUCAUGAUAACUAAUGCGAGAUCAGCAACUACAAUCCAAGGAGUCCACUUCUCGAAAACUAGUGGCUUUAUUCUUGUAUAAUGGUUCUAAAUUCUUGUUUGAUACCUCGUACGAGAUCAACAAUAAUUCAAUGGAGAUCAACAACUAUCCAAUAAAGUUACUCCACUAUAACUAAUGUAACUGUGGCUCCAUUGUUAUACAGUGAUUGAUUUCUUAUUUUUCGUAUGAUGCGAGAUCUUCUUUGAAACUAGUUGAACAGUGUCUCUAUAAUCUUGUACAAUUUUUGUAAGAUAACUUAUGCGAGAUCAACAACUAUUUCAAUGGAUUUAACUCCCUUAAAAACAAUCAAGCAGUGGCUUUAUUAUUGUACAGUGAUCGGUUUCUUAUUCUUCAUAUGAUAAAUAAUACGAGAUCAACAACAAUUCAAUUGACCCUGAAAAUCAAAUUCGAUAUUGUGGUUCUAAUCUUGGAAAAUAUUUGAUAUCUUACUUUUUGUCCCAAGUAUGAAAUCGAAAGUUAUCAUCUACUAUCUAGAGUUGACUCCCUUAAAUACAAACAAGCAGUGGCUUUAUUAUUGUACAAUGAUUGAUUUCUUAUUCUUCAUAUGAUAAAUAAUACGAGGUCAAAAACAGUUCAAUGGAGUCCGCUCCCUGAUAAUCAAAUUCUGUAGUGGCUCUAAUCUUGGAAAAUGUUUGAUUUCUUACUUUUUGUCCUGAGUAUGAAAUUGAAAAAUUGAUGCACCAUCUUAACUAUUCAACACGGCUCU